GUUACACACUGCUUAAUGUUCUUAAUUUGUGAGGUGUAAUGGUCUUUGUUUCAUUCUCUCAGUCAUUUUUAAUUACUAAUUAUGUAAAGUUAGAAAAAUGAAUACAAAUCAAAUUACGUCAAUUAUUGUGUUUUCUGGAAUACUUCUCUCAACCAGCAGAUGUGAGGAUUUGUCAAGACGAGAGAUUACUGCUUAUUUGUUAAACGGCUCUAGAUAUGAUGCUAAUAUUGUUCCUGACUUUGAUGAAGAAUUUCCAACAAAUGUUACAAUACAAAUCACUAUUCACGACAUGCAUUCUAUCAGCGAAGAGAAAAUGGAAUAUUCUAUAGACGUGUACCUACUUAUGUGGUGGCUAGAUCCGCGUCUAGAUUUUACUGGCAACGCCACAAGUGCUACUAAACUCGAACUUGAUUCAAAGAAUAUCGACAAUGUAUGGCAACCGGAUAUCUUCUUCCCAAAUGAAAAGAGAGCAUAUGUACAUACCGUGACGUCAACAAACAAAUUGAUGCAUAUAUUCCGGAAUGGAACCGUAGUAUACAGCAUCAGAUUGUCUUUGUCCCUGGGAUGUACAAUGUUGUUACAGUACUAUCCAUUCGAUAACCAGCAUUGCUCUAUUACUAUACAGAGUUUUGGCUACACGAAUGACAACAUAAAGUUACACUGGCACGAGAGACAGGGUAUUAUCACAGAUCAUCUUGAGAUGCCACAGUUUACGUUACUAGAAGAUGAAAUAGUUACCAAUGACUACGAAUAUCAAUACUCAGCAAUCGGAACUUUCUCGGCGUUAAAAGCAGAUCUUGUGAUGACGAGAAAAGUCGGUUUCUAUUUUCUACAAGUGUUUGUACCAAGUAUCUUACUUGUUGUUUUGUCUUGGGUGUCGUUCUGGGUUGAUCCGAAUGCCGUUCCCGCUCGAGUUUCUCUAGGAGUAACCUGCGUGCUUACCAUGACAACACAAAGUUCUGGUAUACGACAGUCACUUCCGCCAGUAUCUUACGUCAAGGCAAUAGAUAUUUGGAUGCUCGUGUGUCUACUCUUUGUGUUUGCUGCGUUACUUGAGUUUGCCUAUGUGAAUGUUCUCAAGCGAAAGAAGCCAAAGAAAACAACAAACCCUGCAGACAUCAAUGAAGGAAAUGAUACGGAUGACAAACAAAGAGGACAGGACGAGGCUGAAUCAAAAACGAAUGCAUGCUUAGAAUGUUUGACGAAAACUUUUAAUAAGAGAGGAACUGACGGACAAACGGUGGCAAAAAGAGCUGAUAUGAUAUCACGGGUGUUAUUUCCACUGUCUUUCAUCUUAUUCCUGGUUAUUUUCUUUUGUGUUUGUGGAUUCGCCCCACACGCUCAACCAAAACAAUAAAUGGUUGGAGGACCAGGCUGAGUCUUACUGUACAUGAAGUGGUGACAAAUUUUAAUGCUCUUACUCCAGUUGAAUUUCCUGAAAUACUUCAGCUAGCUGGAAACGUGUGCACACAUGAAAAACUAAUAUUGUGAAAAUUUACAUUUUGAUUUAGCUCAACCUGUGUAUUCAUGUGUAAACUGUAACUGACUGCCUUUGUGCAUGAACGGUAAGUAGGUCAGUGCAUAAAGAGUAGUAUUAACAAUACAAAUGAGAGAUAAUUGAGAUCGGGAACAAUGCAACUUGGUAUGAUUGUCUGAGGUAUGACGGAUCAUGAAAGUUGCUAUUGUCUCUCAUACCCUCCAGCACCGGGUUAACCAUUUGCAAAAUAACUUUGUACUUUACUCUCUUUGAAGGAGCAUUUUUGAAGGCAUACGAUUCAAUUUUGAAACAAAAUCUGACUAUUCACUGGCGGGAUAUCAUAUUUUUCAGAUACUUUGUUUUUACAUUCUCUGGCUGGAUUAAUAACAGCUUUACGUACGUACGCAUAUAAGAGCAAUUCUGUGAUACAAUCCCCGCUCAUAUCUGGGGUGUCCGUCCACCGGUAGGUUUGAAAAGUUAUCAUAAUGCAUAUUACCUCUACAGUGUCGAUAUGACUUCAACAAAACAAACAUUAAAAAAAACACUUGCACUUGAACUCCGACAUAAUGGAUAACAAUAAAGUGAUAUUAAGAGGGAAAAAAAUAUAAAUCAAAGAUUUCAGGGUGGAUUUCAAUUUUACUAAAAACACCUUAACCGAUUUCAUAAGACAUUGUUAACACGUUUACUGUUUAAAACAAUCCAACCAAUCUUGGAGGUUAAUUGUGAAUCAAUUUCCCCAAAGACAUGAAAGAAGUGAAUUAUUUUUGCGUUUCAUGAAAAACUUUUUUAUUAAGAAGAAAAGUUUUACAAAUUCCAUGCGUAUUUACGCCUAUAAUGUAUUAAUGUUGGACAUUAUAAAUCAUAUUCAUAAUAUGAACAUAAGUAUUGAUUAAACUGUUAGAAAUUUACAAUUUUAUAAUGUAUUUGACAUGUUAAGCAUUAAGUCAGUUUCUGUUUUGAAAGUUGAAACUUACAAAUAGUUUUAGCGGACGAACAUCGCGCCCAAAAUAAGAAGGAUAGGGGCCGUGAGGGAUGUUGCACAUAUUCAUAAUCCCUCAUGUACAGACACAUUCAAACCGAGUUAUUUUCAUGUAAUUUUAUUCCAAGGGAUUACUUUGUUUUCAGAUUUUUAAUUCAUCGGACCUGAUGAUUUUAAUUAUUUUUGAAAAUACUUGAUAUAUAUUAAUAGACACAAUUCAAACUGUACAAAAUUUAAGUUAAUUAACAGGUCAUUGUAUUGAUUUAAAAAAAAGAAAAACAUGCCUAGAGGUAAUGACGUUAGAUUUAGCAUGAC